AUGGCGAGUGUCGAAGUUGUGCGUGGAAUUGCUGGCGAAUCAACCCGUGCGGACAGAAAGAGGAGUAAGAAUCGGACCAGUGUAUUCGGUGCCGGAUGGUUCGCUGGUAAGGAUCAUGAGGACAAGAAAGGCAAAGCUAUGCAAGAAGACAGUGAGACUCCACUCGGAUUCACAUCGCAUCGUGCCCCGCCAGCGUAUGUUGGAGGGAACGCGGUAUUGGUGCAGGUGUGGGAGGUUGGAUUGGAUGGGACAGAUGCCAGACUUGUGGGCGUCCCUUCUCCACAGAUCGCUGUGUCUGGACUGCCUGGCACACCAUAUGGGACCAAGGUGGCGAAGGCCCUCGAAAAAGAAAAGCUUCGCGCUCCCGCAGUUGGGUAUAUCCCUGGUCGGUCAUUCGUCGGACGAGUGCUUGAGGUAGGGUGGGAGGUACGUGAGGAGACUGUCAGGCGUGGUGAUUGGGUGGUCGGUCUCACGAGUGUGCAGAAGAGUGGCGCCUUAGCGCAGUUUGUCCUCGUUGAUCGCCACCGCAUACAUCGCGUUCCACAACCACAUAUUUUACGGAGAACCCCGUAUUCCACAGAUAACCCUGCAUCACCGCCUGCGAACGGACAUGUAACUGUCAAUGGAGAUGCUGCGGCUGGCCGCAGCGCUUCGCUUCGAUCGGGCGUGGAUGUCCUUACAGUGGAGGAAUUGGCCCUUCUUCCGCUGAGCGGCGUUCCAGCAUAUCGUGCCAUUCGCACCUUCCCCCAGGCCUCCUGGCCGGUGGGACCUGCACUCCGCCGGGGCUUGGCCCAAAGUACUCUACCACCCCUUGGCGGCGUUUUCCCAGCCGACCAGAGUGACAUGCCGGCAGCUCAUCAAAUGAGGGAUUCCCGACCGCGGGCGCUUGUGCUGAGGGCUCAUGACGGACCAGGAGCACUUGCUAUGCAAAUCCUGGUGCGCGAAGGUUGGUGUGUUUGGGCUCACGUACCAGUCCCAUUUGCAUUGCCCGGUCCUGCGUUGGAAGUUACAGGUGCACUGAGGGACGAAGAGAAAGAGAAAGAGUUUGAGAGGCAGCGAGCCGUCCUCCGGCGAAUAGAAGAGCGUUUGCGUGGGUGGGGAGUGGAUGAGCAGGGCUCGGUUGCCGCACUUCUCGCCUACCUUACACGUUGCUACGUGCGGGUAGAUGCAGUACUCGACACUGUCGGCGGGCGAGAGGUGUGGGAAGUAGGACACACGCUUUUGGCGCUACCCGUGCAAGAGUGGGAGGUGGUGGCCGAUAACCAUGGGCCUGGGACGGGGCAAACGAGGGGUGAGGGACAGGCGCAAUUUACGACGCUCGUGGGUGAUGCACCGGCCAGAGUUGUUGCGAGCGCAGGGGACAAUUUCAAAGCAGGUGUUAGGGCCCUUGGGAUCGGGGGGCCGAAGGAUUACCGCCAGGCAAACACUUUAGACUUGCAUGACCCUUUCGAUGCCUUGAGCUGCAAGGUUCGGAAUGUGAUUAAGAAGAAGAUCAAACCGAGAGCCGUGAAUUAUACCUGGGUCAGUCUCGCAUCAGACAUCGACUGGGAGGGCGAUGAUGUAUGCGAUUCGCUUCGCGAGGUACUCAAAUUAGCAGUCGAUUAUGGUGUCAGGCCAGUCGCUGACCAGGUGGAUUUCCCUUCGUCCCUGAACGCGAGUGACAAGGGAAAGAAGAAGGCGGCAUUUAUCGGUGGUGAGAGCGUUGACGAUGAAGCAAAGGUCAUUCCAUUCGAGAACACCCCGGAGUUAUUCGUACCAGGAGGAAAGCUCGAGUACGGUGGGACAGUCGUUUCCAGGAUCGCCGGGUAG